ACUUCUAUACUCCAAACAUGAUUGGCGUCGCAACCCGCUGGACUGGUGAGUCUUGAGAGUUGUCCAACCGGCUGUCUGACAGUCGCAUUAGUCACAACGGUGACAAGUGUAUCAUUGUAAACAGCUUGAUGUUAGACUAUUUGUUCAACUUUUAUUUAAUUCUCAACUGUAUCUUGGGAGGAGAGUUUUUUUAACUGUUGUUUUUCAAAAACACUUCGAUGUUGUUCGACAUUCUCCACCUGCCUAAUGCUACAUCAAGCAGCUAAUAGCUAGCGUCAACGCGAUGGUCGACUGCUAGUCCUCAUUGACAAGUGGCAGUUUUCAUCACCUCUACGUACUUUGGAAGGUUGUCAGCAUGUUACAGUGAGCGAUGCAAGCCAUGAUAUUAGGGAUGGCCAUCUUGGGGGCGCAGGCUUGUUCGGAUUCGCAGACAUGCACAACAACAACGACGCCACCCAAUUCUUCCUCCAAAGAGUACUGCUACUCGGCAAGAAUUCGCAGCACAGUGCUGCAGGGCUUACCCUUUGGUGGAGUACCGACUGUACUCGCCCUGGACUUUAUGUGCUUUUUGGUCUUGCUAUUUGUGUUCUCUUUCUUGAGAAAAGUAGCAUGGGACUAUGGACGCCUCGCUCUCGUGACUGACGUUGACAGGAGAAUGGAUCAGCGUUACAGUCGCCUGGAUGAACGGGAAUACGUUUCCGCUGCAAUGACGACAGAGGCACCUGAACGCUACGAGCGCCUCACCUCAGUUUCCAGUUCAGUGGACAUAGAUCAAAGAGACACGGGCUUCUGCUCCUGGCUUACCGCCAUCUUCCGCAUCAAGGACGAUGAGAUAAGGGAGAAAUGUGGCGAGGAUGCAGUACAUUAUUUGUCCUUCCAGCGCCACAUCAUCGGCCUACUCGUAGUGGUGGGGGUACUCUCUGUGGGCAUUGUCUUGCCUGUAAACUUCUCUGGAAACCUACUUGAAAAUAAUGCUUAUAGUUUUGGCAGAACUACAAUAGGAAAUCUGGAUGCAGAUGAUGCCCUUUUAUGGCUGCACACCAUAUUUGCAUUCCUCUACCUGCUACUGACGGUAUACAGCAUGAGACGACACACAUCCAAGAUGCAUUACCGUGAGGAUGACCUGGUAAAACGGACUUUAUUUGUUAAUGGAAUCUCCAAAUAUGCGGAGGAGACAGACAUAAAGCAACACUUUGAGCAGGCGUAUGAAAACUGUGCCGUGCUGGAAGCCCGCAUCUGUUACAAUGUAGCCAGGCUGAUGUAUCUCAACUCUGAAAGGAAGAAGGCAGAACGCAGCAAGAAAUUCUUCCUUGAUCUGCAGGCCAAAGAGCACAUAACCACCAUGAUAAACCCAAAGCCUUGUGGACAUCUUUGCUGUUGCAUCAUCAAAGGUUGCGAACAGGAAGAAGCUGUUAGUUAUUAUACCAAGCUGGAAGCCCAAUUAAAAGAUGGCUACAGGAAGGAGAGAGAGAAGGUCAACAGGAAACCUUUGGGAAUGGCAUUUGUAACCUUUCAAAACGAGUCCAUAACUGCAAUAAUCUUGAAGGACUUCAAUGCCUGCAAAUGUCAAGGCUGCCACUGUCGCAGAGAACCUCAGAGCUCUCCUUUCAGUGAGAAACUGCAGACACACAACUGGACUGUAAGCUACGCCCCUGAUCCGCACAAUGUCUACUGGGAACAUUUAUCGUUGGGAGGAUUCUCGUGGUGGAUCCGCUGCUUGAUCAUCAACUGUGUCCUCUUCCUCCUCCUCUUCUUCCUCACUACGCCUGCCAUCAUUAUCUCGACCAUGGACAAGUUUAACGUUACCAAACCAGUGGAAUACCUAAACAAUCCAAUUAUUACUCAGUUUUUCCCUACCCUCCUCCUGUGGUCCUUCUCUGCCUUACUUCCUACCAUUGUCUACUACUCUGCCUUCUUCGAAGCCCACUGGACCCGGUCUGGAGAGAACAGAACUACUAUGCAUAAAUGCUACACUUUCCUAAUCUUUAUGGUUCUUUUGCUGCCCUCGCUUGGUUUAAGCAGUUUGGAUCUUUUCUUCCGAUGGCUUUUUGACAAACGAUUCUUGGCAGACGCCAAAGUCAGAUUUGAGUGUGUGUUCCUUCCCGACAAUGGAGCCUUCUUUGUGAACUAUGUUAUUGCAUCUGCGUUCAUCGGUAAUGCCAUGGACCUGCUUAGGAUCCCUGGUCUGCUCAUGUACAUGAUCCGCCUUUGCCUAGCUCGAUCUGCAGCUGAGCGGAGGAAUGUCAAGAGGCAUCAAGCCUACGAGUUCCAGUUUGGUGCGGCUUAUGCUUGGAUGAUGUGUGUCUUCACAGUGGUUAUGACUUACAGCAUCACCUGCCCAAUUAUUGUCCCCUUCGGGCUGAUGUACAUGCUUCUCAAACACCUAGCAGACAGGUAUAACAUGUACUACGCCUACCUGCCUUCCAAACUGGACAAGAAGAUUCAUUCUGGAGCUGUCAACCAAGUCGUGGCUGCUCCAAUUCUUUGUCUCUUCUGGCUUCUUUUCUUCUCCACUAUGCGUUCUGGUUUUUCAGCUGCAAUCUCCAUGUUCACGUUCAUAGUUUUGAUCAUCACAAUUACUGUCUGCCUCUCUCAUGUCUGCUUCGGACAUUUCAAAUAUCUCAGUGCUCACAACUAUAAGAUUGACACUGACGAAUUGGAGGUGACUGAGAAUGGGCGGACAGAGUGCACUACUGACUCCAACAAAGCAGCAAUGUACAUUGCUCUGGUUCUGCAAGAUCGAAACUCGGAGGAGGCCGGAUCAGGUAGCGGCGAGGACGACGGUCAGGGGUCGUCGCAGGACGAGGAAAUAAUCAAUAUGGAAAAUGGCCUGAACGAGGACUUCCAGUCUGGGGAAGACAGCCUCAUUGAUAAUGAAGUGCGACACUGAGUAACAGAUGAUUGACUUGAGAAGAGUGCACUGAAUAAAUGAACUAACAGGAAACAAGUUCACCAAAGCAUCUCGACCUUGAUGGAGGGACUCGAGGAACUAACAGACAUGUAUUGUCGACUAAUGAUUACAUGGAUUCUUUCAUUUACAGUACUUCACCAGGUCCGUAUCAAAGACUACUUCUUGCACAAGCAAUGCAUGUGCUGCAAAGAUCCAGCACAUGCAUCACAAAGUCUUUGGGCCUCUCUUGGAAGAGAAGUGAUGUGCUUCUGGUUCUCUCGACAUCGGUGCACUUGAAAAGAGAAGACUUCCAUGGAGGCGACGUAAUACGGUAUUCCCUCCCUGGAGCCCUACAUAUCCCGCCCACUUGGAAUACAGUGUUCAAAGAUGGUGUAGAUGCUUCCAAAAUGCUCACCAUUUCCCAUAGAGGCCUUAAAACAUUUCUAUAGAGCACUAUUUUUAGCACAUUAUUGACAAAAAGCCUCUUUGGGCAUUUAUGAGAAGACAGUGUAGUGUGGAAGAUGACCUGAUAUGUGAGCACACUACGUUAAUAGAUGACAGCAGCCAGUUGGGGACUGCUGUUGGACCGCUGCUACAAGAGGACUUUGAGUUGAUGAGUACGGAGAGGAAGGUUGGUGCAUCCGUCUGUUAUGAUACUCAUUGUCACUAUUUCCCUUUUGUCUUCGUCAUUUUGCACACAUGCACAUAUAUUGCCCAUAGGUUUACAUUUUACGCAUAGAUUCGGACAUUUUGCAUUAAUUUUAAGAGGUAGUGGCUGGAAAAAUCUGGUCCUUCUGGUUGUUAACUUUUGUAUAGGCACUUGAUUGUGUAGCUCCUGUUAGAUAUAUUAUUAUAAGUUGUUGGCAGCAAUGUUACAGCCUCCCAAAGCUGAUUUUGUUAAUUACUUAUCUCCAAACUUGUCAUAUCUAUGAUAAAAAAAAUGUGACGCAGAUCAGAAUUUUUACGCUUCACCAAGUGACACGAUUGCGGCCUUACUCGGCAUUCAUUUUAUAAUCUCAUGGAGAUGACAGCAUGAGACUGCCAUUGUUGUAGUUUUUGAUAAAGCUCGUGCUUCAGACCACUACAUUCACAAUGACAAAUCUAUGAAGAGCUGCUCACAAAGCCAUGGUACACACAAACCAUAUAGAUUUGUCAAGACUGACUCCCUGUGACAUCAUUUUGGUACUACAAAAGAAUUGUCUGGCAUCUUCCAAGUGGUGUUCUCGUGUGAUUUGUAAUAAGAUCGUUUUGUCAUACCUCAGCAUUUGUAUACCUCUAACAUGUCUUGAAAUCUCUCUGGAACUGGUGGGGGGGGGAUACUUUUGACAACACUUUCUUUAACCUUGAAUGUACAGGAGCUGACCUCCACAAUUUUGAUAAGUAAAUAACAAACCAUUUGUUGAGAUAUUUGCUAUUUUGUAAUAGAACUGAACUGACUGGUGUUUUAUGUCAUCUGCUGUGUGUCACACUCUCCUAGCUUUAGACAAGUAUUAUCAUUUUACAGUUGUCUUGCAUCCAUGCAUUAACUCAUCCACAUUUGUGAAUCAUGUUCUCUUUCCUAAUCUUCAAUACAUCUGUGGACUCACUGGAAAUAAAACUAGUAUUUUUUGUUAAACAAAGCACUCGUUAAUGAUGUUGUCAGCUUGCUCUUUUGAAAAGUGAUUAGGCAAGUUUAGUCUACACAAGGUAAUUAAAAGUGCUUAACAGAAAAGAAGGGAAAAAUCACUUAAUCAUUCCAUAAAACACUCGAACACGGCUCGAACAGGGGGCCUUCGGAAUGAAGUUAGCCUGUCAUCAGUUACAUAAAAUCCUUUCAUAAAUUCCAUUAAACAAAAAGUAAAAAUGAAUUAAAACAAUACAAUAUUGUUUGGCUCUUAAAGUUCAGUCCAUUAUCAUCCCUAUAUUCCUAACCUGAUGAUGUGGUUUUAGAGAGACUCUCGAGGUGACUAAUAUCACUGUCUUUGUUUCUGUGGGCCGCAGACAAUUAAUUGAUUAAUUUUUGGGAUCCCAGGAUUGACCCCUGUUGAACCCCGCAGGUCAUACCCAUUUGAUCUGAGACACGGUUACCAAUUCCAACAAAGUUCUUACCGUC